UUUUGUCGUUAUUCUGGGUCAUUUUUAUUUUACUGCAAAUCAAACGUUUUUCAAACUAAGAACAUUUUCUGUAAUUUUAGUUUGAAAAAAUGUUUAAUUUAUAUAAUAAAUAAUUAUUAAUUGACGUACAUGCAUUAAUAUCUUUGUUUUUGCUCAAUUAUUUUCUAUGUACGAGCAUUUUUUUAAACUAACUCAGCAGCCGCACGGGGGCGCCAUCUUCCCGCCUCAGAGCCGGGGAAGGCUCGAGUUCAGAUGUGGUUGUGACCAGAGGAAAAAAACUCUCCUCAGCCGCCGGCAGCACUGACGCUGAAGCCCGGUCUGAGCAGCGGGGCUUCGGGCGGUGAAGAGCGUGGCGCUGACAGUCGCAGACAGGCGGGAGGAACCCCGCCGAAGGAGCGCCGCGUGAGGGGAGCGGCAGGACCCUCCGCGCGGGACACAAACACACCGAGGGAGCGCCGUCAUCCUCAGGCUGGAUCUCCCGCCCUCAGAGGACCGUCAAACCACAGCGGUGCGAUUCCUGUACCGAGGAGGUCCGGCUGCGGAGCUGCAGGUGAGGACGACGAUGAGCGCUUUCCUUUUCACUGCUGGGGUAGCGUAGCCGACUGAGAGGAGCGUCCCGCCUCUUCCUUUCCCUCUGGACUCAGAGACCCGCAGAGGGGGCUCAACUCAAGCACAGACAUGCUGAUCAAGGAGUAUCGAAUCCCCAUGCCCAUGAGCGUGGAGGAGUACCGCAUCGCCCAGCUCUACAUGAUCCAGAAAAAGAGCCGUGAGGAGAGCUGUGGCGAGGGCAGCGGCGUGGAGAUCUUGGAGAACAAGCCUUACGAGGACGGGCCCGGAGGCUCCGGUCAGUACACGCAUAAGGUGUACCACAUCGGUAAACACAUCCCGUCCUGGUUCUGUGCCAUUCUCCCCCAAGCGGCACUUCGAGUGGAAGAGGAGUCCUGGAACGCCUACCCCUACACACGGACACGGUAUACCUGUCCCUUCGUAGAGAAGUUCUCGAUAGACAUUGAAACGUAUUACAAACCAGACACCGGGAAUCAAGCAGAUGUCUUCAAUCUGUCCUCUGUGGAAAAACGACAGAGGACAGUCGACCCCAUAGACAUCGUCAAAGACUACAUCCCUCCUCACGAGUACCUGGUGGAGGAGGACCCCAAACUGUACCAGUCCAUUAAAACUAAGAGGGGGCCUCUGUCAGAGGACUGGAUCGAGGACAUCAACCAGAACCCCAGCCAGGCUGCAGUCAUGUGUGCCUACAAGCUCUGCAAAGUGGAGUUCAGAUACUGGGGCAUGCAGUCCAAGAUCGAACGCUUCAUACACGACGUUGGUCUGCGUAAAGUGAUGGUUCGAGCCCACAGACAGGCGUGGUGCUGGCAGGACGAGUGGUACGGUCUGACCAUCGAGGACAUCCGGCUGCUGGAGCUGGAGACCCAGCUGGCUUUAGCCAAGAAGAUGGCCCAGUACAGCCACAGCGAGGAGGGGGGAGGGGAGACCAACGGCCCCGCCGCGGGUCAGGACCCCGAGCAGGACUCCGAGGUUUCAGGACCGUCUGCAGAGACCGAGGGAGGACGAUCGAAGCUCGGAGACUCGCUGGAGACUCGAGGCGAGCUCACCAAGCAGUGGUCCACAUCGUCCAGGUCUUCCAACAGGUCGUCGAAGAGAGGAGCCAGUCCGUCUCAUCAGAGCAUUUCAGAGUGGAGGAUGCAGAGCAUCGCCCGCGACUCUGACGACAGCACAGACGACGAGUUCUUUGAUGCUCAUGAGGCUCUUUCUGACAACGAGGAAAUCUUCUCCAAGGAGAUCACCAAGUGGAGCUCCAACGAUCUCAUGGACAAAAUAGAAACAAUAGAAGCGGAUGAAGCUCCAGGGAUGUAUCAGGAGUCGACGGAGGAGACACAGAUGGAGGACUGCUCCUCCCAACAGUGUCCUCAGCCGUCCAAAACCCACGUCCUCAUCCUGGUGCUGCACGGUGGAAACAUACUGGACACGGGCUCUGGUGAACAGAGCAGCAAGCAGGGAGACGUGAACACUCUCAGCGGGGCCUUCGAGACCGUGAUGAGGGUCCAUUAUCCCGCAGCGCUGGGCCGCAUCGCCAUCAGGAUGGUCCCCUGUCCCGCUGUGUGUGUCGAAGCCUUCUCGCUCGUCUCCAAUUUGAGCCCCUACAGCUACGAUGAGAGCUGUCUGUCCAGCAGCCAGGACCACAUCCCGCUGGCCGCUCUGCCUCUGCUGGCUACCUCUGCUCCGCAGUACCAGGACGCCGUGGCGACCGUCAUCCUACGAGCCAACCAGGUGUACAGCGACUUCAUCAAGUCUGCAGAAGGAACGUCUUUCAAUGGCCAGGUGUGUGUUAUCGGGGACUGUGUCGGAGGCAUCCUGGGAUUUGACGCCCUGUGCAGCAGCUCCGUGACCGUGUCCGAAAGCCAAAACAGCAGCAGGCGGGGCAGCACCAUCAGCGUCCAGGACACAGAACUUCUUUCUCCCGGGAUCGUCAUAAACAGCAUCUCUCCGUCCUCGCCGACGCUCGAAGGAAGCCGCCACCUCAGCCGCAGCAACAUCGACAUCCCCCGCUCCUCAGGACCCGACGACCCCAAAACCCAACUCCCCCGUAAGCGCAGCGACUCGUCCACGUACGAGCUGGACACCAUCAAGCACCACCAGGCCUUCCUCUCCAGCCUCCACUCCAGCGUCAUCCACGGGGAACCCGGAUCACGGCGCUCCAGCAACAGCACCAUGCUGGAAGGAGGCACUCUGGGAAAGUUCGACUUUGAGGUGACCGACUUCUUCCUGUUCGGCUCUCCUCUGGGUCUGGUGCUGGCGCUGAGGAAGACGGUGGUGCCCUCUUUAGACGUGUCGGCUCUCCAUCCCGCCUGUCAGCAGGUUUAUAACUUGUUCCAUCCGGCCGACCCGUCCGCCUCCCGCCUCGAGCCUCUGCUGGACAAAAGGUUCUACCUGCUGCCUCCCUUCACCAUCCCCCGAUACCAGCGCUUCCCCCUGGGAGACGGACACUCGGCGCUCCUGGUUGAGACGGUGCAGAGUAACCCUCAGCUUCUGACGGAGUCUGGGAGUACGGCGUCUCAUCGCUGCCAGGAGACCUCCGUCAACGAGACCUCCAUCGCUGUUCCCGUCCUCAACUGGCAAACCUCACAUGUCCACGCUGAGACUGAGCCGUCUCACUCCCACAUUUCUGUCGACGGUCCGAGUCCCUUGUCCACGUCUCCAGGCGUUCCUCACCUGCGCUUCACCCGCAGAUCCAGUGAGGCCAGCAUCGCCAGCCAGGCAUCAGGCCAAGCCGACUCCUACACCGCCUCCAACAUCGCCACCAUUGCGUGUCGCUGGUGGGGCGUUAAGAGGAUGGACUACGCUCUGUACUGUCCGGACGCCCUGACGGCGUUUCCCACCGUGGCGCUGCCUCACCUCUUCCACGCCUCCUACUGGGAGUCCACGGACGUCGUCUCCUUCCUUCUCAGACAGGUGAUGAGACAUGAGAACUCCAGCAUUUUGGAGCUGGACGGUAAAGAAGUGUCUGAAUUCACUCCCUCCAAACCUCGGGAGAAAUGGAUUCGUAAGAGGACGCACGUCAAAAUACGGAAUGUGACGGCUAACCACCGCGUGAACGACGCCGUGUUUACAGAGGACGGCGCCCAGACGGUGACGGGACGCUUCAUGUACGGACCUCUGGACAUGGUGACCCUCACCGGGGAGAAGAUUGACAUCCACAUCAUGACCCAGCCGCCCUCUGGGGAGUGGGUGUUUUUCCACACAGAGCUCACCAACAGCAGCGGACGCGUCUCUUAUGUCAUCCCUGAGAGUAAACGGCUGGGAAUCGGCGUCUAUCCGGUCAAAAUGGUGGUCAGGGGCGACCACACCUUUGCAGACAGCUACCUUACCGUUGUACCGAAAGGAACAGAGUUUGUCGUCUUCAGCAUCGACGGCUCUUUCGCUGCCAGCGUGUCGAUAAUGGGGAGUGACCCCAAAGUCCGAGCCGGGGCGGUGGACGUGGUCAGGUACUGGCAGGACUUGGGUUACCUGAUCGUCUACGUGACGGGACGUCCCGACAUGCAGAAGCAGCGGGUGGUGGCCUGGCUUUCCCAACACAACUUCCCUCACGGGAUCGUGUCCUUCUGCGACGGGCUGGUCCACGACCCGCUCAGACACAAGGCCAACUUCCUGAAAUCCCUCAUCAGUGAGGCCCACAUGAGGAUCUGCGCUGCCUACGGCUCCAACAAGGACAUCUCCGUGUACAGCUCCAUCGGCCUGCCCCCCUCACAGAUCUACAUCGUGGGACGGCCCACAAAGAAGCUGCAGCAUCAGUGUCAGUUCAUUCCCGACGGCUACGCUAACCACCUUGCCCAGCUGGAGUACAACCAGAGGUCUCGGCCCUCCAAGCCCGGGAGCGCCCGCAUGGUCCUCCGCAAAGGCAGCUUCGCUUUGGGUGCGGCCGGAGGAGAGUUCCUGCGAAAACGCAACCACAUCUUUCGCACCAUCUCCUCUCAGCAGCCCGGAGGGUCGGGCUCCGGCUCCGCCCACCAGCCGGGCCGGACUGAGCGCACGCUGAGCCAGUGCGAAGGGGAGCGGGACCGAGGCAUCGCGGCAGCAACCCAAAGGAGUAUGAGUAUCGCGGCGGGGUGCUGGGGCCGCAGCGGGAGCACCAAGGAGGGCAGCGGAGGGUUACUGGGCUCCAAACGAGACUGAACCGCUCUGAACUCCGGACCGGAUCCAGGAGGGGUUUAGGCCACCCGGAUCUGCUGCUGUCUGUGGCUUAUUUAUGAAUCUGAUUCAGGAGGAGCAAGUCGGUUAUAGAGAACAAAACAUCCGUGUAGCAUGACUAUUUUACAGUAAUACUUUUAUAGGACGCAUUACUAUAAUAUUUAAAAGUGGAGAGAACUGAAUUAUUGUAAGCCUUAAAUGUAUUUAGAGUAACAGAACCCCCACCUUCCCCUCAGUGAGCAGCGUCCAUCCAUCUGCAGUCAUGGACUCAGGACCGACUAGAGACUCGCAGCCAGAAAGAGUCCGGAUGUAAAAGAGCUGAAGUCCUGGAGGUCAAAGGUCAGUUCAUCCAACUUAACUAAGGAACCACCAAAAAAAAGAGAUCAAAGGAAAAAUUAGACAAAAAAUUAGGCUUUUUACGUCCACAAACAGACAAACACAGAAACAAUUGUUGGGAUGUUUUAACUGAAAAUGGUAACAAAAAAAGUUUAAAAAUGAUAGGAGUCCAAAAGUAAAAGACAAAAAUCCACAGAAGGGUUUAGUUUUUAAGACUUUUAAGACUGAUUUUAAUUUAAAAGCAAUUUUUUUUUUUUGUAAAUAAUAGUUUUUGAUUAUUUUAAUUAAACAUAUAAACAGACAUUAUCUGCAUUUUGCUUAAUCACUUAAUCAUCUUUUGAUCUAUUUUCAAAGAGUUUUUUUAUUUAGGAUUUUUCUAUUUUUGGUCAAAGUUUAUCCAAAAUUUGCCUCUGAGUUGUGGGCGGGACUGUUGUCACAGAACAACUCCACCCCCUUAUCCUCUGUUUACACUCCCACUAUCUUACAGCCCUCACAUCUCUGACUUAAUAUUAACGGUCCAACAAAAAUAGUGAAUAGCUACCGCCGUACAGUUCCAGCUCAGACGAGGAAAACAAAGACGUUCAUGGAUCUGUUUGUCUGCAGGUGGAUGCAUCAGAAUGGGGCGGAGCAGGGAGCUUGUGGCCCCGCCCAUUGUACUUUUGUCAUCCGAAAAACGAUCUUUUUCAAACUGUAUUUUUUCAACUGCUCCAAAUUCACAACAAUUUAAAUGAAGAAGUAUUCAGAAACAAAUUUUAAGCUUAAUAUACUUUACAAAUGUCCCUCAUCAUGAGAAAAAUUCAUUAAGAACUUGUUAAAGACAUAAUUUUCAUUAGUAAAAACUUCAUUAGUAUUUUAGAGUAUUUUUACCCGACGUUAAUAGAUAAAAUCUUAAUUUAUCUCAAAGGAAAUUCAAUAGGAGCCAGCCGCCUGCAUUUAACGACCCUGAAACAAUAAAAACACAACUAAAUAAUUCAAAAAUUAUUAUGUAAUCAGGAUUAUUGCAUAUAAUCCAAUUUAUUUUUGAGACAAAUCUUUUGUUGGAUCAGAAUCCAGUCAAACAUAAUCCAACAUGGUUGAAAUUAGGAUUAAAUGACAAUGAACUGAACAUCUGUCGACUCCAGAUACAAUCUCCACUUUUCCUCUGUGUUUAAGACGAUGGAGAAAUAAUAUUUCUGAAAAACAUAAAUCAUUAUUCAAUCCACCAGGUCCUAAACUUCAAAUUUAAAAGUAAAGCUACUUGGAUGAACUGUUCCUUUAACCAAUCAGAGAAAAUGGGACUCACAGCAGGUUCUGGAUUCUACUCGUCUGAAGGGUUGGAGUUCUUAUUCCAGCCCGUCUGGGUCUUUUUUACUUUCAUGGUGGCCUCUGGGCCAAUCACAGCCUUAAUAUCCAACAAGACAUUACUAUCAGAGAAGGAAUGAAAAAGCAGAACAACAGGGCAUGCACCAUUGAAGCAACAACUGUACAGUCCACAGCAACAAUCCCUUUAUAUGUUAAUCUGCUUGCAAUACCUCUGAUCCACCUGUUGGUGGCGUUUCGUUUCCCACAUGUGCUGCUGCCGGGAGACACUCGUUUUCCUGGAUUUUUGGGGCUCACUGCAUGCAGAACUGGAGCGGGCGGAUCUCCGAAGAACCGAAGGAGGAGCCCAAACCGCUCAGCUGGAACGUUGCAAAGACUGUGUUUGUCCUGUUACAGCUGAAUGUGGGCUGGGGGGGUGGAAGGGGGGUCGGUGCCUCUUUCUCACAUCAUAAUUUAGCUGCUUUUGUCUGCUAAACUGUAUAAUUCCAUGCAAAGGAAUGUAGGAACACGACACCCCUCAUCGCUGAUCCAAAAACACAACUUGCACAAAAACAUCUGCUGUGAGGCCGUCCUCACUCCGUAAGGAUGUGGCUGCUGCUGUUCCGGUCUCGUUUCUUAAGCCGUUUAGGGGUUUUUUUGUUCUUAUGGAUCAUAAUGUUAGAACUUCUCAUGCUACAUACACGCCGGGCGUGUGAUGCUCGUCAAAAGAUGGCCUUGUUGAACGCACUUUUAGCUCAAUCAAAGCUCUGUUCCGAUAAUUGAAAGAUUCGAGCCUCGUUUUAGGAGCAUUAGCAUUAGCCAUCCUAUGGGAAAUCCCAUUAAACGUUAGCAUAAAGCUAGCAGACUUCAGGUUUAUGUGCUAAAUCGAUUUCUAUUUUCAUGAAUCGGUUAUUGAUCGAUUCAAAUCAAUUUUAUAAACCCAGCCCUACCUCAGUUCCACUGAGCGGUCUGGUCCGGUCCAGUUAGGUAUUUUGAGCGUUUCCAUUGUAAAAUUGACCCAUUAAACGGCACCAAACUGUUCUUUUAGGGGCCAUAUUGGUUGUAGGUCCAUUGAUAAGUGAAACGGAAUGGUCGGGACGAGCCGCUGCAGCCAACCGUUGAUUGGCAGAAAGUGAUGUAGCACCGAUAUAGCGCUCAUUUAAGCUAAUGUUUCCAACGUUUGUAAGCAUUUGGGUUUUUGCGGUUCAUGGUUACUCUUCUGGUCAUGAGUCUAGAUUGAAAACGUCUGCAAACAACAUUAAGGCCUGGAUGGAGGUGGAACUGCAAACGUUCCUCGCCAUUUUUGGUGACGGUGUGAUACAGGGUGAGCUAGCGGCACGCUACCGGUCUGCACCACGCACGGGCCAUGAAAACAAAGUGGAAACACUCACCAGAAUUAACUGGACCUUACCGUACCACUACUUACGUACCGUCCCGGACCUCUCAGUGGAAACGAGGCUUUGGUGUCGUAGAAUUCCAGACAAGCACAAACCAAAUGAUUAAUCUCUCCUCCAUGAUCUAUUUUCCAGCGGUUGCUGCUUCCGUAAGCUAAAAAGGGUGAUACCCACUGGUCACUACCAAAUCUGAGUCCCUGAUUGAUCAGUCGGUUUAACUUUUAACGAAAGUUCAUGUUUUGUAUGUCUUAAAAAACUUGCAUCGUGAGCGCGACAGUUUUGAACGCAGAAGCCUGAAACUUUUAUAUAAAAGCGUUUACAUGGACUUUUUGUUGGAAGCGGUCGCUUGAACGCACGUUUUGGAGCCCGGUGUGAACGUAGCAUCAGAGUUUAUUCAGGUGACUGAGGAGUGUGUAAACCUUCACAGCGGUUUCACUAUGCUGUGAUACUUUACCAAAGAGAAGAAGUCAAUGAGUUGCAGGUGUAGAACUCUGGAACUAGACAGAACCACUUUGCUUCAUUUAGAUAAGAUGAACAUGAAGCUUGAAGUCUUCGGUUCAUAGUUUCCAUUGAGUGUGAGCGGGGUUGAGUCUCUGGUUGUGUAGGGUCGGAUCCUUUAACUGUGGAGUGAUUGAUACAGUUAGUUAUCAUUGAGCUUCUCAAAGAUGCUUUGGUUGAUCAAGGAUGGAUUGUCACCAAAUUCUGCUGUCCAGUCUCUGGGAGAGAACCUGUUGGGUUCUAGACUUUAGAAAGACAAGAGUAUGCGACCUCAUGAGUUUGGGUCUACCAACAAGUCUACGAUUCCACCUAAUGAGUGUUUAUCAAUGAAUAAAUCUGACUCCAGUUUUGACUGGCCAGAUUUUUCAUUAGAAUCAUAGAGAGGCGUUCGGUCAUAUGGGAGAGGAUCUACUGUAGGGUUCAGACGUGUGGUAAGGACUCCUCAUGGACCCCUACCCGUUGAGAUGUUUCACUACUGUCCAGUCAGUAUGGAAGCCAACGUUGGACCCAGUUUACGCUGAAAUUUCAUUCUCGUAGGGCUUGAACCUCUUCGACUGGUUGUAUCUUGAACUGAAUAGUUUGGAUUACUGGUAAAGGAUGUCUCAUUGGGUCAAGAUGCCGAACUACAGGUUCAUGCAGAUUUCUAUUUCGUGUUUCAGUCUCCACUCAAAGAAAAAUGUAAAUUUAAAUCAGAGUUUAUCCAACACUUUAACUGGUGUUGUCGUGGUUUGUACUGUCACUCAACAGUCUGACAGUACUGGUUCCUAUCCUGGUUGGGUCCUUAAUGUGUAGUUUGUACGUGUCUCCCCCAUUGACUGAUAUGAGAACUGGACCGAGUGAUCCGAGUUUCUAUAGAAACCACUUUCACCAAUCAGGAGUGAGCUUGUUGAAGGACUACCAUCACUACCAAUCAUGCACUUCUGUUACGUCCCCUCUGGGUAGACCUAGGACAGGUCUAGGGGGUGAAUACCAAAAGGGCUCAAUAACGAAAACUGGACACCAAUAAAAAACAGAAGGAAUACAGUUUAUUAGAUAAAUGAAACCCUGUGUCCUGAAAUGAAAGAACAAAAUAUAAUUAGAGUGCUGGUUCAAAAGGAAAAACCAAAAGGGAGUUGGAACCUUGAGCCAAACAUAAAAUAAGUAAUGGAGACUGCUGACCCGGCUAUGUCGACCGUCAGAGCUAGCGGCUCCCUGCUAAGAGCUGCCUAACCAAUACUACCAAAAGAAAACAAAUAAACAAAACCCUCAACCUAAGACUACUAAGGUCCAACCCCAAACUAACAUAACAAAACCCAGCAGUCUAAGAUUGCUGAGGACAAAAAGGAGAACAAAACAAACCAGCACCACACCAACUAAAACCCUGCUCUGCUCCCUGCCUGGCAACUUCCAACGUUUGACUUGAGACCACCUACUUUUAUUGAGGCUUCUGAUUGGUCAGUUACAUUUUCUCAUUUUUUAAAAACAUUUUUCCGCAGUUCAAGAAGAUAAGAUGUAUCAGAUCAAGAAUUGUCAUUCUGAGCAAUAGAAUGACUGUAGACUUCUUGGAGCCAACGGGUACUUCCUGUUUGGACCGCCAGGGGGGCGGGGUCACUCAGUCCAGUUCUCAUUUACAGCAAAUACCACUCAUAGGUUGAUUAGUGACUCUUAACGGAAUCUUAGGUGUGUUUGUGGCCCUGUGAUACCUGUCCAGGUAAACCCCGCCCUCUACCUGAAGUGUCUGGGAACGAUUCCUGCAUCCCUGCUUAGGAGAAUGUGGGAAAAGGAGAUGAGUGAAAACAUAUGCACAGAAGACAAAACUUAAAUUAAGUCAACCUUUUCUUUUAUUCUGAAAAUCCACAAAUCCUUAUCUCAUGUCUGUGCUCGGACUGAGAUGUUUUUUAUUUGGUGGUUUCAGUCACCCGCAGCAGCCAAAUCCUUCUCUAAUGCUGUAGGUAAUCAACUGUGUAACCUCAUUAUUGUUUGCACUAGUACACAGUGGACUUGUACCAUGAUUUCCAUCGAUCUUGGCGUUGGUAGAACACCCCUGUAGCGUAGCUUUUCAUUUUUCAGGGUAAACUGUGUUUUACUUUCACCAAUGAUAUCCGUUCUCUGAUUGUGCCAAACUGUCGAUACAGAUGAGGACAUUUCUGGUUCUGAUACUGUGAACCCUCAUGAACACAAGCUAAGCUUUUCUGUUAUACUUCUACUGGAACUCUGCAGAGUUCCCACAAUGCUUUUCACCGAGUUUCUGUUCGAAAGGAAUAACUACACGUAUCAACAACAUUUUCUUUAGUUUAGUAAUACUUCGAUUUUUAGCCUUUUGAUGAAUGAAGAAACAGAAAAGAGAUUUUUCUAAUAAGUAAAUGUAUUUAAAGAUGAUGUUUCAGGUCUAAAAAAUGUUAUUUUCAGUUGGUACAUGUUUUAGUUUAUCUGCAGUAACAACAAUGCCAAAUCAGAUCUACACAUUUCCGUGAAUGUACAGUCUUUGAUGUUGAAGAACUGCUUGUUGGCGGAAACGACCACACGGAGAAACGUGUCUCUGUGGUGAUCUCUCUCAAAGCCGAGAUGAUAAUGAAGGACUUUGAAGUUUUGAAACUGUUGGGUGGAGAACAUGGAGGAACUCAAAGCACGAGGAGCUUCAGAUGGUCCAGAGAAACAUCCGCAUGUUGGUGUUUGGUUCAGAAGUCGGGUGUGAAAACCUUCAGAAGUGCAUCAGCCCUUUACUGGAGAGCGGAGAAAGCCUCGUGGAUCCAAAAACACAAACGGACGGGAUUAGGAAAUGUUUUACUCCAGACUUUUGAAUGUCCAUCCACAAAUCUGAGACUGUCCGAGAGCUGUGGAUGUGUCACCGCACUGUACAUACUCUAGAGAUGUGUAUGUAGGACUUAUUUAUUUACACAGAAAUUGUGUUAUUCUGGAAAUUUCAGGUGAAAUAUAUGUGAGAUAUGUAGCAUUUCAUUUGUCACUUUGGCUGCCAUGAAGACAGUUAAACACCAUUAAAGUCCCAUCAGGACUCCACCAUCCCCACCACAAA